AUGGCCUCCGCCGGCGACGGCGACAUCGGGGAAGCAGCAGAGGCGACGACGCCCACGAGGAACAGGAGAACGAUCUACGACUACCUCGGCGAAGGCGAGGACGGCGAGGAGGCCUCGCCGCCUUCCCCGGAGACGCCGCCGCGGCUGCGGCUCCCGACGUUCACCUGCGCCAGGAUCCGGUUCGGCAGGAAGCGCGGCGGUAAGGGUGGCCGGAAGGAGGCCGUCGCGACGGAGAAGAGCGAGGACGCCUCGGUGGACUCCUCAGGAUGGAAGCAGGCGGCGGCGGCGGCGGGAAGCAGCGGCGGCGGCUGUGUAGCGGCCGGACAAACCGGUAUGGGGCUAAGCAUGCUCUUCCUCCUGGCGAGGAUAUGCGUGGAGCUCAACCGGAUGGCCGAGGUGCGCGCGCAGAUGGAGACGCUCCUCAAGGAGAUCCGAGACGAGGCUAGCAGGGUGAAGGGCGGCGCCGCGGAUGAUCACGUCGUCCUUGUCACGCCGAAAGCCUGCAACAACCUGCAGUCGUCGUCGUCGACCAACACCACCACCGCGUCGUCGAGCUGCGUCUCGGACACGAGCACCACCAACUGCCUGGAGAUCCGGCGCGGCGAGGACGGGGAGCGGGCGUCGGAAGCAGAGGUCGAGACAGAGCCGGCUGCACGGCGCCAACCGCCAGAGUGCAAGUGCGACACCGAGCAAGACACUCCUGAUCAGUGUUCGGUCCAGUCGUCGUCCGACGACGACGGCGAGUUUAUCGAGCUGGAGGGAGGGCGGUUCGGCACCGGCGGCGGGAAUCCCCAGCGAGGCGCCGUGGUCGUCGACGAGAGCGACGACGACGACGGCGACGAGUCGUGCGAGCGGCGGCACGAGGGAGGAGUCUCGGCGACGGAGCUGGAGCGGAGGCUGCACGAGCUCCAGCACCGGCAGGACAGGGAGCGGAUCGAGGCGCUGGAGUCGGCGCUGCGGCGCGCGCAGCGGAAGCUGACGGAGAAGGAGAUGGAGGCGCGGCUGUGGCAGGACACGGCCACACUGGCGCUGGGGCAGCCAGUGCCAGCGCCGCGGGACGGACAGGGACAGUGA